ACUUUUUCGUCUACGUUGUUGGUCGACGUAAGAAAAAUUUGUCGUGAGAGCUUUUUAUUUUUUUUUAGUUUGAAAAAAUAAAUUUUAUAAUUUUUUCUUGAGCGUUUCUAAUUAAUAUAAAUCUGUUUAACUCUAUUCAAAAUUAACAAAUCUAUUAAUUAAAUAAUAUGAAAAACUUAAAAGAAUUAAUAAAUCAAUUCAAAUACGGGAAAUAAAAAUCGUGUGAAACUUUGGUUGGGUGAACGAAAAAAAAAAAAUUGAUCACGGAAAAAUCGACACCCAACAGUAGAAGCAGCAGCAGCGACUCCAACAGCUCCAACCAGCAGCAACAACAAAAACAACAACAACAAUCAUGUCAAGUAGCGAAGAGAUGCUCUAUGUGAAGGGUGCCCGAGUAUGGAUACCAAACGACGAAACGGUCUGGGAAGGUGCUGUUUUAGAACAGGACUACACAAAGGAUUGCAAAGAACUAAACGCAUACAAAGAGAAUGGACAUCAACAGAUAACGAUAAAAUUAAAAUCUGCAAAUGAUUUGCCACCACUGCGAAAUCCAACCAUUCUAAUAGGGCAACAAGAUUUAACCGCUUUAUCAUAUCUCCACGAACCGGCAGUUCUGCAUAAUUUGAAAGUGCGCUUUCGAGAACGUCAGUCCAUCUACACAUAUUGUGGUAUAAUAUUGGUUGCCAUCAAUCCAUAUGCCAGCCUGCCUCUAUAUGGCCCAGAUAUUAUACGUGCGUAUCGUGGACAUUCAAUUGGCGAAUUGGAACCACAUAUAUUUGCUCUUGCCGAAGAGGCAUACACAAAAUUAGAACGUGAAAAAUGUGAUUUAAGUAUCAUUGUUAGCGGAGAAUCAGGAGCUGGUAAGACUGUGUCUGCCAAAUAUACCAUGAGGUAUUUUGCCGCAGUUGGAGGUAGUGAAUCAGAGACUCAAGUCGAAAGAAAAGUACUGGAAUCCAGUCCAAUUAUGGAGGCAUUUGGUAAUGCAAAGACCACACGAAAUGACAAUAGUUCAAGAUUUGGCAAAUUUACAAAAUUGUUAUUUAAAAACAAUAUGGGAGUGAUGAAUUUGACCGGAGCCACCAUGCAAACUUAUUUGUUAGAGAAGUCUCGAGUUGUUUAUCAAUCUCCUGGCGAGAGAAAUUAUCAUGUAUUCUAUCAGCUAUGCGCAGCCAGGGAACAACAUCCGGAAUUGAUGCUGGACCAUCAAGAUAAAUUCAAUUACCUCAACAAAGGUAAAUCCCCAGAUAUUGAACGGGUUUCUGAUGUUGAUCAAUUUAAAGACACAGUUCAAGCAAUGGCCAUACUGGGAUUUGGCACAACACAGAUCUCGGAAAUACUUAAAAUUCUUGCUGGUAUUCUUCACCUGGGUAAUAUACAAUUUGUAAGUAAAUACAAACAGGACUCCAAUGAAAUCGAUCCUGAUGCCUGUGAUAUAAUGCCAAAUGACUUGCCCUUGCAUAUAACCGGUGAAAUGUUGAGCAUUAAUGCCGAUGACUUGCGCAAAUGGUUAAUAACACGACAAAUUGAGUCGUACAAUGAAAGUGUACUCAUUCCCAAUAGUAUAGCUGCAGCCGAAUCAGCUAAAGAUGCAUUAGCCAAACACAUUUAUUCCAAGCUCUUCCAAUACAUUGUCGGUGUGACAAACAAAAGUUUAAAUUCAGGUCGUAAGCAAAGUUGUUUUAUUGGUGUUCUUGAUAUUUAUGGUUUUGAGACAUUUGAUACAAAUUCUUUUGAACAAUUCUGCAUAAAUUAUGCAAACGAAAAACUUCAGCAGCAAUUUAAUCAACAUGUUUUUAAAUUGGAACAAGAAGAAUACUUAAAAGAGGGUAUAGUUUGGACGAUGAUUGAUUUUUAUGACAAUCGGCCUUGCAUUGAUAUGAUCGAAUCCAAGUUGGGUGUUCUUGCUUUGUUAGAUGAGGAAUGUAGAAUGCCAAAAGGAUCUGAUGAAUCAUGGGCUGGCAAACUUAUAGAUAAAUGUUCAAAAUUCCCACAUUUUGAAAAACCAAGGUUUGGUAAAACAAGCUUUCUGGUUAAACAUUUCUCGGACACAGUACAAUAUGACGUCCAUGGAUUUUUGGAGAAAAAUCGAGAUACGGUUUCCAAGGAAUUAGUUAAUGUUGUUGCCCAAUCUGAAAUGGAUUUGUGUAAACAAUUGAUGGAACUUGAAGAAACAGAUACGUUAAGUGAAGCAAAAACUACCGCAGUUGGUGGUAGGGUUGUAAUUAGUGCAUCAAAGCAAACGCUGCCAGUGGACAGACAUAAACGAGUUACUCCGUCAAAACAACAUAAAAAAACAGUUGGCUCACAGUUUCGUGAAAGCUUGUCUCUACUUAUCUCAACGUUACAUUCCACAACACCGCAUUACAUUCGUUGUAUAAAGCCAAAUGACGAAAAAAUCGCCUUCAAAUGGGAAGCAUCAAAAAUAGUUCAACAAUUGCGAGCUUGUGGAGUUCUGGAAACAGUUCGUAUAUCUGCAGCAGGUUUUCCAUCUCGCUGGUCUUAUCAUGAAUUCUAUACUCGUUAUCAACUACUUUGCCAUCGAAAGCAUCUCAACAAAAGUGAUCUUAAGACCUCAUGUGAAAAUAUUGUAAAAAAAUGGAUUCACGAUGAGGAAAAGUUUCGUUUUGGCAAUACGCAAAUAUUCUUUAGAGCCGGGCAAGUUGCUUAUUUAGAACAAGUUCGUAUGAAUCUUCGAAAAAAAUACAUCAUCACUGUACAGGCUGUGGUUCGAAAAUUUGUCUAUCGCAUGCGAUUUAUACGUAUCCAAAAAGCCGUACUUGGCAUACAAACAUUUGCUCGGGGCUAUAUGGCGAGACAAAAAGCACAGUCUAUACGAGAGAUGAGAGCAGCUCUGGUCAUUUCGAAAUAUGCUCGUGGCUAUGUUUGUCGACGACGGUUUCUUAAACUUCGAUUUUCUGUUUGUGGCAUUCAACAAUACGCUAGGGGAAUGCUGGCACGACAACGUUUCAGAUUGGCCAUGGAUAAUCAUCAAGCUACACAAAUACAACGUUUCUGUCGUGGUUAUUUGGCUCGCCAGGCUUAUAAUAAAAAAUUGCGUAGUAUUAUCGUUUGUCAGUCGGCGAUUCGAAGGUUCUUGGCACGGCGUCUUUUCAAGAAAUUGAAGGCCGAAGCCAAGACUAUUUCUCAUAUUCAGAAUCUUUACAAAGGUCUUGAGAAUAAAAUCAUAUCACUACAACAGAAAAUUGAUGAGUUGAACAAGGAAAAUACACAAUUAAAGUUGAAAACAACAGCCAUACCUAUGUUGAAAAAUCAACUCGAUCAGAAAAAGAACAUCGAAAACCAAUUGAAACAAUUGAAAUUGCUGCUUGAAGACAAAGAGAAUGCUCUACUAAUGCUUGACAAACAACUCGAAACUGAGCGCGAUGAAAAAAUGCAACUCCUGGAAGAAAAGGAUCACGAAAAAGAAGAAUGGUCCAAGCAAAAGCAAACCUGGCGUAUUGAAAAUGAAGAACUUCGCAAACAAGUUGAUGAGAUGAUCGAAUUGGCCAAAAAAGAGGAAAAGACUUCACUCUAUCGUUCACGUAUUCUAUCAGAAGUCGAUAUGAAUGAAGUACAUGAAGCCUAUCAACAAGCAAAGAAAGACAAAGACUUUUUGGAAGGUGAAAAUUACUUACUUAAAGAAGAAAUAAGUCGUUUACAGAAAGGUAAUGGAAAUACUACCGAAUAUUCGAAUCAUACGAGGUCUUUGAGUAAUGCAUCGAGUCAAAAUGAAGAAGACUUUGGCUAUGCAUCAGCUAAGAAUACUCUAGAACCUAAACGAAGCCAUCAAACUACCUUUGAUAGUAACAAUCAAUCAUCAAUGGAAUCGUAUGCAAAGAUUGAAGUGACAUCAACACCGAAGAGUGAGCAAACAAGUUUAAUAUUGAAAUUACGAGGUAUAUUGGAAGAAGAAAAGAAGAAAAACAAAAUGUUGGUUGAUAAAAUGGAAAAGCUGAUCAACAGAAACACAUCUUCUGAUGAUGCUUUGAGAGUUACUGAGUUGGAGGUUGAAAAUGAGAAAAUACGCCAUGAUUAUAGUUUAUUGCGAAACAGUAUAAACCGGGGUGUUGAAAUGCAGGAACUUGAAGCUCAACAAAGUGCCCUUCAAGAAGAGCUUAAAAGACGUCGUGAUGAGUGCAUACAACUCAAGUCUGUACUACAGCAACAGAGUCAGUCAUUGAAAUCAUUUGGUGGUGCUAAACCUACGGGCGGUGACAACACUUUCCAAGAAAAUUCCGAACUUCUAGAAGCAUUCCAAGCACAGAAGCUUGUCAACAGACAACUCGAAUCAGAACUCAGUGCCCUGACCGAGGAGAACAAUGCUCACUUAGCUGAACUAUCCCGACAAAUUGAUGAACUUCGCAAUGAAAAGACCAAUCUUCAAAAUAUCCUACAAAAAGGCGUUGAAGAUUACGAAGAAACUAACAUUGAGUCUGUUCGUCAAAAUGAGCGUUACAUAAGAUACGAGUUAGAAAAAUCAUACAUGGAAUACACAAAACUUCAAGAGGAAAUGAAUAUUUUGACUAAAAAAUACGAAGAUGCCAAACGUACUAUUCAUACAUUGACUCGUCGUCUUCGUGAGCAUGGCAUAUCGACUACAACUACAAAUCAAGAAGAAUCCAAGGUUGUGUCGGCGUCUGUUGUGAAAAAGAAAUCACAUCAUUACAAAGGAAUUCUAAAAUUCAACAAAAGUGAUCUCGAUAAGAUACACCAGCGUCUUAUAGUUGGCCUAACACCUCGCGUUGCCAUUGGCUUAUUGCCAGGUUUACCUGCUUAUAUUCUAUUCAUGUGUAUAAGAUAUACUGAUUUGUUGAACAGUGAUGAUAAUGUCCAAAAACUGCUAGCAAUGUUUGUGAAUCACAUGAAGAAAGUCCAUAAGCUUCCAUGUGCCACCGAAAACAAAGUCCUGUGGCUGGUUAAUUCACUUACGCUUCAUAAUCUUCUGAAACAAUAUGGCAAUAUUGAGGAAUAUAAUCGCUUAAAUACUCCCCAACAAAAUCAACAGCUUCUUAAUAAUUUUGAUCUCUCCGAAUACCGAAAAAUCAUAUAUGAUAUUAUUGUUGGUCUAUAUGAUAGUUUAGUGAAACAAGUGCAAGCAUUGAUAAAGCAAUUCGUGGUGCCGGCGGUUCUUGAUCACGAUGAAAUAAAACAUGGACAGAAUCAAGGUAAUCGCCGGACAAUGUCUUUGGAAGGUUCACCUGAACAUGCAAAGAUAUCUGCACCCAGAUUGCUCGUCAAUCAGCUGGAGCACUAUUAUAAGCAGUUUCACUUUUUCGGACUACACAUUAGCUAUACGGAACAAAUAUUCUAUCAAUUAUUGUAUAAUAUUUGUGCGAUAGCAAUGAAUACGCUUAUGUUGCGUGGCGAUAUUUGUAUGUGGGAGACAGGUAUGAAGAUCAGGUAUAAUGUAACAUGUCUGGAAGAUUGGGUUCGCGAGAAGAAAAUGUCGGCUGAUGUAACGAAACCACUGGCACCUUUGAUUGAUGUUUCACAAUUGCUGCAAUCGAGAAAAACCGAACAGGAUGUAGAUAGUGUAUAUGAAUUGUGUAAUUCACUUACCACUGCACAAGUUCUUAAGAUGAUAAAGUCUUAUAAUUCGGAUGAUUGUGAAAGAGAAAUAAGUAGUGCGUUCAUUGAGACACUCACUGAUAAGCUCAAUAAUAGAAACAAGGCACGAAAUAAUGAAUUUACCAUGGACCAAGAAUUUAUCCAUCCCGUCAGGGUUGUCUACAACUAUAGUGAUGUUAAACUUGAAGACAUUGAAAUACCCAAACAACUGCAUCUCGAUGAAAUUCUCACAAAGAUCUAAAAGCUUUUCAAAAUUUUUAAAGAUUUAAAUAAUUUGUUUGUAUGGAACUCAAGUUCUAAGAAAUACAAAACUAGUGAGACAAAAAGAAUGAUGACACAAGAAAUCGUAUUAUGUAUUAACCAAAAUUGAGAAAAAAGAAAUAAUAAUAUUUUUUAUUGCCAUUUAAAUAUUUUAAGGUUCGAUUGUUUGUCAAAACUUAAAAUAUUUUCGAAUUAUUUUUUUAUUACAUCGAAAAUGAAGAUUUUAUUUUUAGUUUUAAGAAAAUAUACACAUAAAUAAAAAAAAUAUUAAUAAUUUCUAUAAGAGAUUAAGUUAUUUAA